AUGCCACCUAGACGUCGUAUUCCAAAGAAAAAAAUACUUAAACGACCCAAUAUUCAAUAUUGGCAACAAUACAAUAUUCAAAAUAGACAAAACAUAGAAGAAAAGAAGGUGAAAUCCAAUGGAGUGCCAGAAGAAACUGUAUUUGAAAAAGGUCUGGUAGCACUUUUUAAAAAAGACCAGAUGCCAAAGGCACCCGAUAUUCUAGAACCAGGGUUAAUUGAUAUUACGAAACCAGGGUUAAUUGAUAUUAUGGAACCAGGGUUAAUUGAUAUUACAGAACCAGGGUUAAUUGAUAUUACGGAACCAGGGUUAAUUGAUAUUAUGGAACCAGAGAUUCAGAUUAUUGGGAAAAUCAAAUAA